AUGGGAAAAUCAUCAAAAGAUAAAAGAGACAUAUAUUAUAGAUUAGCUAAGGAACAAGGGUGGAGAGCUAGAAGUGUUCAACGCGCAGUGGACUUAUGUGCAGCACCAGGAAGUUGGUCUCAAGUUUUAUCAAAGAAUUUAAAUAAAAAUUCUGAUAAUGUACCAUCUUCAAAAAUUGUAGCCGUGGAUUUACAAGCAAUGGCACCUCUUGAGAAUGUCAUUCAAAUUCAAGGUGAUAUAACAAAAGUGUCAACUGCUGAACAAAUUAUUUCUUGUUUUGAUGGAGAAUUGGCUGAUCUUGUUGUUUGUGAUGGUGCUCCAGAUGUAACUGGGCUUCAUGAUAUGGAUGAAUAUAUUCAGGCACAAUUAUUAUUAUCAGCAUUAAAUAUUACAACAAAUAUUUUAUGUCAGGGAGGAACAUUUGUUGCCAAAAUUUUCCGUGGUAAAGAUGUUACUUUAUUAUAUGCUCAACUAAAAAUUUUUUUUCCUAAUGUUACUUGCUGUAAACCUCGAAGUUCAAGAAAUUCUAGUAUAGAAGCAUUUGUUGUCUGUCAAAAUUAUACACCACCAAAAGAUUAUAUUCCAACAAUGAUAAAUCCUUUAUUGGAUCUAUCUUAUAGUCCUGAAAAUAAAUUCUCAGGUUCUAAUCAUAUUAUUGUUCCAUUUGUUGCUUGUGGUGAUUUAAGUGGAUUUGAUUCUGAUAUGACUUAUUCACUAGAGAAAAAAAGCUUAGAUCCUUUACAACCUCCUAUAAAUGCACCAUAUCAUACUGCUAUUUCUUUAAAACAAAAAAACUUUUAUAAUAAAGUUUCAUGA